AAUUUAUCAAAGUUUACAAACACAGUUCAAUACAACCACGGUAUCAUCACUAUCAUGACUCAUGAGUAAAAAUAAUUAUUUUAUUUAUUUUCUCAUGAACGGUAAUACGGUAUUGCUUUGACGCCACAACGGUCGUUACAUUCGUUACAGUCACAAGUUACACGUUUACAACUACAGUCAACAGUACAAUUAUAUGAGUACAACAGUCGUCACCGGUCAGAGUCGUCUGCACUAAUAUUAGCCAGUAGGUCUGCAGACUGCAGUUCAGUCGGAGUUUACAGUUUUACACUUCGCAAUAUUUUCGCGUACCCACGCCGGCCGAAUAGAGAUCAUCUGGAUCUUAAUAAUAUGUUAUCUAUGAUCUGGAUCUGAUCAAAAAAUAUAAUAAUAUCGUAGGCACAGUCGCAGCACAGAAUAAGACACCAACGAUACUCGCGUGUGUUUAUUUUGCACGGAAGUCGGAGAGUAUAGUGUAUACGCGUUGUUGGUCAAUAUUAUAUUAUUUGUUAUAUUCCUAUUUGCAAUUUUCAUCAAUAUAAUAUUAUUGUGAGUUUGUCUUAUUAUUUUUGUACACCGCGACAUUACGUGGUCGCACGUGGUCGCUAAUUGCUGUUGUCACUCGCCAGUCGCCACGUUGAGAAUCGCUGCUUCUACCCCGACACCGCUGACGCCAUAUACCGUGCACCACCAGGACACGCGAGAAGUGUUGUGUUGGUAAAAGAAAUGGAUGCCUUACAGACUUCAUCAUAUGAAAGUGAUCCAAAUCAAGUUCUGACAUAUAAAGAAUGUGAACCAACAUAUUUUAGAAAUAACUUUCACUCUGUCAGAAUACUAGAAGAUUUACAAUCUCUACGGAAAAAUGAAGUUUCAUGUGAUAUUAGAUUUAAAGCAGAUGAUGGUAAAAUUGUAAUUGGACAUAAAAUUGUUUUAAUAGCAGCUAGUCCAUAUUUCCGUGCAAUGUUUAGUAAUUUUGAUGAGGGAAAUAAAGAUCUUGUUACUAUAAGAGAAUUAGAUUCCACCAUUUUACAGCUAUUAGUAGAUUAUAUUUAUACUGGAGAAAUUAUGGUCACAAAAGAGAAUGUACAGGUUUUGUUACCAGCUUCAAAUGUCUUACAGUUAGAUUAUGUAAAUGGUGUAUGUGUUGACUUUUUACAAAAACAACUACAUCCAUCAAAUUGUCUUGGAAUCUUAGCUUUUGCUAACUUACAUAAUGUUACGGAGUUGUUAUCAAUUUCUGAUGGAUUUAUAAAAAAACAGUUUUUAGAAGUGGUUAAAAGUAAUGAGUUCCUAUCUUUAAGUUCUGAAGAUUUGGUGAAGCUCAUUUCCUGUAAUGACCUUGCUGUUCCAUUCGAAGAAAAAGUAUUUGAAUCUGUUAUUAAAUGGGUUAAAUAUGAUUUUGAUCAGAGAAAAGAUUUUUUGCCAGAAUUAAUGGAACAUGUACGUUUGCCAUUAUUAAGGUCUGAUAUUUUAAAUAAUGUAGUUGAAGAACCACUUCUAUAUAAUAGUCCUAAAUGCAACAAUUUUAUAAUUGAAGCAUUACAUUUUAAUCUACAAAAAUCAGUUAAGUAUUUCACCAUUCCAAAAACAAUUAGAUGUAAACCUAGACUGUUUGGUGGUUCUGAAAAAGUUAUUUUAAUGUUCAAUCAACGGUCAGACACAUCGCCUAAGUGUUAUACAGAAUGGUAUGACCCAGCAACCCAACUACGAGAGAAUGCACCAGGGAUAAAUGAUUGUCGUAAGACAGCUGGCUUUUGCGUAAUAAGUGAUCAAUUUGUGUUUGUUAUGGGAGGCGUAAAUGGAUCAAGUUCGAAAUCUGUUAGCAUGCUUGAUGUAUCUUCACAAUCGCCCUCUUGGGUUCCAAUGGUGGACAUGUUAGUUAGUAGGUGGCAAUUGGGAGUUGGUGUAUUGGAUAAUUGUAUAUAUGCAGUUGGCGGACAUGACGACAAUAGUGCUUUAAAUAGUGUAGAGGUUUUUGAUGUCAGUAUUCAAAAAUGGAGAUUGGUAGCUAGUAUGUCUACUAAAAGACGUGAUUUGGGUGUUGGUGUUCUCAAUAAUUUAUUAUACGCGGUUGGAGGUGGUAAUGGUAAAGUGUGUUUGAAAUCUGUGGAAUAUUAUAAUCCCACACUUGACACAUGGACACCAGUUGCAGAUAUGUCCGUAAGCCGUUAUGGUGUUAGUGUAGGAGUCUUGGACGGUCUUAUAUAUGCUAUUGGUGGCUAUAAUGGAGAGGAUCUUAAAAGUGUUGAGGUUUAUAGACCGUGUGAUGGAGUUUGGUCGUCUGUAGCUGAUAUGGAAAUAUGUCGUUUUCGUCCUGGAGUAGUGGCAUUAGAUGGUUUAUUGUAUGUUAUGGGCGGAGAAUCUGUAGUUGGAUCUAUCAUUGAUACUGUAGAAAUUUACAAUCCCAACACCAAUACUUGGACCUUGGAGAGAUUGUCAAGAAAUAAAGUACAAAUUUAUGGUGGAGUUGUUGUUGAUAGACCACCAAAAUGUAUUACCUAACCUAAUCGAUAUACGUAAUGGUCUCAUUGUUAGUAGUAUUAUAAACAUAUUUAUGUAUAAUUUAUGACGAAUCGUGUAUUGUUUUAUUCAUUUUUGUUUUUGUGAAUGUUUGAUAAAAAAGUUGUUUUAUAAUUUAAAUUGAUGAUUUACAAAUUAAAUAAAUAAGCUAUUAAUGUUAAUUAUAUUGCAGUGUAUUAGCAAAAACUUUUAUAAUUUACAUUAUACAUUGUAUCUUUUAGA